UGCCGAUGGUUGUGAGUCGUGUCAGCCGGUUUCAGGACGGAUCCUCGGGCGUUACCCUUUAAAUCCUCCCCAUUCAACCCGCCGGAUAUAUAACCCAGGUAGUGAGUGCGCUAUCGCCAUAGCGUUCGGGGACACAUUCUACCUCGACAAAGGCGUUGCCAAGCGAUGAGAUUGUCCCGAAACGAUCUACAGAGACCGUUAUCAUUGUCGUCCAUUUUCCAGAGAUAGGAGACACGAAGGGAAGAGCCACGCAGCGUACGUACACCACCGGCCGUUCGCCCGACGAGAACCGGCGGUGCACCUCACCAGCAACAUGAGGACGGCAGACGUACUGUGGACGCUGAUCCUGUUUAGUUUCAUAUCAAAAGGGCGGACCAACAUGCCGCCGUACUUCUCUCCGUACGUACCCGGGACAGACCGCGGCAACAUGCAGCACCUCGCCAUACGGGAGGACACGCCUGUCGGGACUGUGGUUUACACACUGCACGGAAGCGACCCAGAAGGACAGACAGUUUAUUACGGUAUCGAGGGUGACAUCGGCCGAGAACACUUCACAGUCGACCGGCUGUCAGGAACGGUCACCCUGAAGGAAGCUUUCGAUCGAGAGUUGGGGGCCGAGCAUGACGUGGUGGUGACUAUUGAGGACAGCACACCAGCCAACAAAGUACGACAGUCGUCUAAAAUCUUCGUGACCGACACGAACGACGAAACUCCCGUCUUCAAGAACCUGCCGUACAGGGUACAGAUUCCGGAGAACUCGCCUGUUGGAACAUUUGUGGUAAGAGUGUCGGCGGAAGAUAGAGACUUGGGACUGGCCGGCACGGUACACUACAGAAUACAGGAAUCGGAAGGUUCCAGCAAUUUCUCCAUAGAUACCGUAAGAGGCGUGAUUACCUUGGCUACCACGCUGGACUAUGAGAAGAAGACAUCCUACCAAGUCACAGUUAUGGCCAGGGACGAAGGCGGAUUUUACCGGGACCAGAAGGUGUACAGGAACAGCACGGCUGUAGUGGACGUGGAGGUGCUGGACCAACAGGACAUGGACCCGGUGUUCUACGGACAACCAUACCGGGUCAACAUCACAGAGGACACACCUGUGGGUUCCUCCAUCGCCGUAGUGUCGGCAGUGGACGGAGACAGGGGAACACCAAACGACAUCCAGUACUCCGUCACAUGUGACGCAGGCCCGUUAUUUGACAUCGAUCCACACACAGGGGUCAUCAGGGUCAACCAGUCCUUAGACAGAGACGACCCGACCAUUGGGGACGUCCUGACUUUGGACGUGAAGGCUAUGGAGAUCGGUCCCGGUGCAGGGCUGGACAUCUGUACGCACGCCAGCGUCACCGUCAGGUUGCUGGACGUCAAUGACGACUCGCCGACGUUCUAUGAAGGUGAAGUGCCGCAGGCGGUGUUCAACACGUCCAUCCCGGAGGACGCCGAGGGGGGAACAUACCUCACACAGCUCAACAUCGUCAUCAUGGACAGAGAUGAGGGUAACAACGCGGUAUUUGGUAUCGACCUCCUUCCGGUGGUGGGACCAGAAGAGGACAUUUUUGACGUCGACCCGAAGUUUGCGGCAAACAUUGUUCACCUAGCGGUCCGGCUGAAGAGUACAGCGUCGUUGGACAGGGAGAAAACCAGCAACUACACUUACAUGGUUUUCGCGCACGAAACCAGCACCCUUGAACGCCACAACGGCUCGGCCCUGCUGGUGGUUCAGCUGGAGGAUGUGAAUGACUGUCCUCCCGUCUUCAACUCCUCCAGACUGGAGGUCAGCGUGCCUGAGGACGUGGGAGUGGGGGAGACCAUCACUACCGUUGUAGCUACUGACGGAGAUGAAGAGGGAACACCGAACAGUGAGAUACGUUACAGUAUCGUCACUGGCAACGACGACGACCUCUUCGCCCUCGACGAGACCACGGGCGUCCUGACCUGGAACAUGCCGGUGGACUACGAGAGUAUAGACCAGAGUGACCGCGGAGCCUUCACGUUGGAAGUCCAGGCUCAGGACCAAGGACAGCCCCCACUGAGUAGCACGGUAGAAGUGGUCAUCACGGUGGAGUAUCUUGGUGAGCAAAGAAUUUGCGAUUGUGUGUCGACUGUAGCUUGGAGCACGCCUCCUCCUGUAAGCCACAAGGACGUCAACGACAACGCCCCGGCAUGUCCUCACCUGUACAACUUCACCGUCACGCAAAACGUCAUCCCAGGGUCCUACGUUGGCAGAGUUGCAGCAGUAGACCUGGACGAGGGCGACACCCAGCGGAUUACUUACGAGCUGCCUCAAAAUCUGAAAAACAAAUUCGCCAUAGACCAGGCGACGGGAGGACUCUUUGUUGCCAGCGGACCGUCUGCGACGUUCGACAAUGAGGCAGAGGGUCAGGUGUACGACCUGGUAGUGUACGCCAACGACAACGGCGUGCCUCCACAGAUAGGCAUAUGUCGGGUCAAGGUGAAGAUCACCAGGGCGCAGAGCACGCCGGGUAACGGCGAGAGACCCAUGUUCACGGAAGAGUCCGUGUACUUGACCUGCGCCGGCGAUUACGUCAUGAAGGUGGAGAUAGCAAAGUCCGGAGCGUCAGGUAACACAGAAGGACGGACACUUCACAUUGGCGACUCUACGGCGUCCGACUGUCUGGCAACCGAGAACUCCACCCACUACGUCCUGACCACGCGUGUGGACGAGUGCGGCACCACCAAAACCAUCCACUCCGGAAACCGCGUCAUCUACUCCAACACGGUCGACUUUAUACCCGUGCCUGACGAAGAUACAUCCAACAUGACGGCGCUGGCGCUGGCGAUGCGUCAGUACGCGGUAGUGAAGGUUGUCUGCAUGUACACGGCGCGAGGUGUGGCGUCAACUCACUUCAGCCCGGAGAGGGAUCCUACCAUCGUCAAGGUGGCUGACGGCGAGAUGGCCUACCACCUGGACCUGUACCCGGACGAACAAUUCACCACGCCUUUCAAGGUCUAUCCCAUUGACGUCAGCAUGGGCGAGUCCAUGUACUUUGAGGUGGGUCUGGACUCCCCUGACCUCGCUCUCAUCGUCUUUGCGGAAAACUGUUGGGCCUCCACAAGUCCCAGCGGAAGUACGGCCAACGCCCACUGGAUCAUACGAGACGGUUGUGUCGUCGAUGAAAGUUUGCAAGUUCUGCCGUCCGACCAGCGGCGGUUCCGCUUCACCCUGGCGGCCUUUGAACUGUUACAGUCGAACCCCUGGGUCUAUGUCUACUGCGAAGUCGUCGUGUGCAACAUGACCGAGCUCAACUCCAGGUGCCACCAAGGGUGCAUCAGCCAGGCCACCGAAUCUCCGCCGAGUGAAGACGACAACUUCCGAAGGAAACGUUCGGACGGCGCCGAUGGCAUCAGAAGCAGCGGCGAGUUUUCACGAACAUCGCUCGGGAGAUGGAGGAACACCAGAGACAGUGUCGUCCGAAGACUACACGAAGUCGCACGGCAGAGAAGAGCGAGUUCGGCUAAUCUCAUAACACUAACCACGCCUGGCCCGAUAUCAGGGUACCUGGCGUGUGGAAAGAACUGUGGAAACGAGAGGGAGACAACCGCAAUGUCACAAGUCGGGACGGAGCGAUGGGUCCUGUACGGCACAGUGUUGGUGGUAGCGCUGAUGGUCUGUAUCACCGUACUCAUCUCCGUCGCACUAAUCCAACGUAGACUCAGCAACUCAACACGGUGAACAGCGUUCCCGGAAAUGGUUUUAGUGAUCACCAAUUAAAUGAGUGCCUGUGUUGAAGUAGACCAAUCAACAUCCUUGUAACAUGUAAGGCAACGUUGGAGAGCUAGCCUGAACAGAGAGUAUGUGUGCAACCUUUUGAUAGGUUGCAGUCGGGACAAUGUACCAAAAUAAACCAUCUAUUGUGUAGGUAAGAAAGUAAAAUUGAUUAUCUGAGGCGUUGUAGUGAGAUUAGAAAGAAAUUGGUAUGCAGUCAGAUUAUGGCUGAAGAAUCAAAAGGGAAACUAGUGGGAUACUGUUGUUUGUGAAUGGAUACUUUGUGUAGAAUCUUGGUCAAGGUUUAACCUUAACAUAUCACCAACGAUUGCUAAGCAAUUCAGCCGGACUGAAUUGUCAAAAGUGAAAAAUAUCAAACCCCUUAAUGAAAGAUUGGAAAACUGCUAUGAGGACGAGCUUGAGGAAAGGUGUGCUGUAUGUACAUGUGGUUCAGGUAUUGUUGAAUAGAGAGUCUAGUUUUCUACACAGAGGCUAUUGCAGAGUGUACGUGACUGUAGAUAUGUGUACAGGAAAGAAGUCCUAUCUAUAUGUACAAAAGACAGAGAAUGUAUAUUUUAAAGUAACAGGUCCUGUAACAUUGACCGACAUUUAUGUUUGUUUUAAUGACAGUCAAGGUUUUGUCUAAAAAUAUCUUUAUGUAAUGCAGAAUGAUCAAAAAUAGGAGUGAUAGUAACUUCUGUUUAUAAUUUUAAUCUUAACUUUUUAUUCAGUAACUUGAGUAAGUGAUUUAGUUCUCUCAUUACAUCACAUUAUACAACUAACAUAUACAUGUACAUACAUCAUAAUUUCCAGUUGUGUAUAAAGGUUCUAUCUCUGGGCCGAGGGGAAACCAAGUUGUAGAAUGGAAACUACACGGUUCAGGUUGAAUGCAUGGGUGAUGCACCUUUGUCUUUUCACGAAAAGAUACUUACAAGGCCAGUCUGAGAGUCAAGGUGUCACACUGGUUUGGUCUGUAAAAGUAUCUAAGAUGCAACUGGAUGUUGCCUUAAAACCAGAUGAAAGUUUUAAAAAACGAAGAGAGAUGAUGAGAAUUUCAAUGUAAGAUACCAGUAGGUACAAAGUAUUUAUUGUACCAGCUUAUCUAGGUGCUAGGCAACACUUUUAUCCUUGUUGAGGGACUGACCAUUAUUUCUACCUCGUUCCAGUCGCAUGGCUGUGUAAGGCAUUCUAUCUAUUAUGUUCAUGUUGUACAGUCUGUCCUUUUGUAACUUCCCAUGAUGCAUUCAACAACUUCUCAGACAGCAAUAUAUCGAGUGUAUAAUAUAAUAUUUAUUACACAUUUAUACAGACAUAGGUACUUCAAUAUUACUACUGAACAUUUAUACAAUGAAGGUAUCAGUUACAGGUGAAGCUAAAAGCUUCUUAGAAGACAGACAAGGAAAUACCUCUUCUCUCCAAAGUGCAUGAAGGUACAAUGUACAAUAUAAAAUUUCACAUAAACACACUUCAAUCCACAUAGAUUAAAGCUUUCUUUCCUGUAUGCUGUAAAUGGCUUAAGUGUCAGUACUAACGUUAUACAAAGUAAAAUACUUUUUUUUCCAAAAUUUCUCCAGUCAACCUACUGACAACAGGAGGCUAGCGAUUCCUAGGGUUUAAUAGCAGAGCAAUUCUGUUAAAUGUGUCAGAAGGGAAAAUCAACAAAAUGUCUCAAAAUGAAGGAAAACAUCUGACACAUGACAUGGCCAUAUGUGAAGAUUGUGGUACAUGUACAUGUACAUAUUCCUCUUUGACAGGAAUAUGGAAGGGCUCUUAUGAGACUUUUUAGGCAGCUUGAAAGAAUAUGUAAUGUCAUUUUGCACCUAUAUGGUAUAUGCAAUUAUAGUGUUGUACCUGUAAUCUCAUGUCUGUACAUGAUCAAGACAUAUAUCUAAUAUUACUACAUCUGUUCACCACUUUAUUCUCUUCGUCCAAUGUAAAUGUCAUGACAGUCCAAACAUAUAAUAUGGUUUUCAACCUUUGUCAUGGUGCCCACAUACCAGCAUUAGUUCACAUAAACAUUGCAACUUUAGAUAUUACACAUAGUAUAUACGAAAUACACGACAUCCCAACAACUACAGUAACUGUAAUAACUUCUCAUUUGUUUGUACUGCAGCAAAACCUUGCACAAACAUUGUCACUGCUACAUACAUAACUAUCACUUCUCUAAGAUUCACGUUUCACAAAAUAGCAACUUUUCUUCCCAAAAAUAGUACAAAAAUGGCAAACUUACUUUUGAUGUCAAUGACGAGAUACAAUUUUCUAUAGGAGAUAGAAUGCAAUACUGAUACUGAUCAAGUCAAUUUGUUGUCAUACACAUUUGAUAUAUAUAUGUGACAGCUUGGAUCCCAUUUUAUAGUGAAGAAGCAGUGUUGGCAUGUCUGAGCAAUAACUAUCCUUUAUCAAUGUUAAUAUCAACUCCUACACUUGUAGCUGCUUUGAAGUGAACAUUUGUAAUGGUUGUCAUGCUUGUGCAGAUCUGUUGUGAUUCAGUAUGGACAAAAUGCAGAGUUGUAGUACAACAUAACAUAGAUAACAUUAUAGUGAGUCUGUCAUGUGUGCCCAUAAAAGCAAGAAUAUCUGACCAUAUCCCCUGUUUCAUGACACAGUAAGUUAUAUGACAUUGUAUCAUACAGCAUUAUAGAAAUGAUGAAAACACAUGGAUUAUAGUCCUAUCCUAAUGCAAUAAAAUUCAUGACUUCAGGCAUAUGUAUCAAUGUCUUGAGCAACUCAUUGUUCAUAGAUACAAUGUAUCACUUUCAGGGAUAUCUAUUUAAACAAGCAUUAUGAUACAUACGUUUACACAUGCAACAAUUAACUGCACCAAGAGCAGCCAGAACAACAGAAUGUUUCCACAAUGAAUUAGAUUGCAAAACAUGAAAGUUUUAAAACUUGUAGACAAACCUGGUACAACUCUUGUGAUGGAGCUGCUGUCAUGGAUCAAAAGCGCCCCCUUGUGUGAGAAGAAAGACAUGCAGUUGUACUCAAGUUAAAAAGCAUGCAGGUGGUACGGGACAAUAAUGUAAGCUUAACAAGUAUGCUAAACACAAGCAACUGAGAAGUAAUUAACCUUCAGCCUGCUAAGUUAGCUAUUUGGCACCAAAUGUGUGUUGGUCACCAAGUUUGAUAGGUAGCAGGGCUAUGGUCAAACUAAUGAAGGGAAAAAACAGCAGAAAGGUAUUAGCCUCC